AGCUCAGAAGCUUUUCUUGAAGUGAAAACAUGAAUUGGUUUCUAGAUCUACAACUUCCCUUAUGUCUGUACCCAGCUGCCUUUAUGUUCCUAAUCUCAGUUUCUAAUUUCUCCUGCAGAUCUAAGCAGACUGCAGUAAAAGGCUUCAUCACAACCGCUCAGUGCAACAUCAAGACCUUCUCCUUUCAAGAUGGCUACCUGUCCUUCCAACCAGAAGGUGAAUAUCACCAGUUACCCAUUAAACCAAACAGCCAAGCUGACUUCUUUGAAUGUUUUCGCAAUUUCCCUCCAUGGCCUGUUCUCUACCAUUGGCAUCUUGGAAAACCUCCUCAUCAUCGGAGUGGUGGGCUUCCACGUCCGCCGCUCUGUCAUCAGCAUCUGGAUCCUAAACCUCGCGGCCUCUGACCUGCUGGCCACCGCUUCGCUGCCCUUCUUCACCCUCUACAUGGCCAAAGGCAACACAUGGACACUGGGUACGACCUUCUGCCGCAUCCACUCCUCCGUCUUCUUUCUCAAUAUGUUUGUCAGUGGCUUCCUGCUGGCAGCCAUUUCCAUGGACCGCUGCCUGGUGGUGCUGAAGCCUGUCUGGGCCCAAAACUACAGGAACAUCCAACUAGUGGGGAAGAUAUGUGUGGUGAUAUGGGGCCUGGCUAUAAUCUGCACUAUCCCCUUCUACUUGUUCCGUGACACCAUCCCCCUACCAACUGGCCAGAUUCUUUGCUACUACAAUUAUGCUCGACUCCCCCCCAGCGGACCGUAUGACUUACCGUCUUUAUGUAAGCAGCGCAAGGAGGGCUUGGCAUUCAUGAAGCUCUUUCUAGCCUUCCUGCUCCCUCUCCUGAUCAUCAUUCUCAGUUAUGCUGCCGUGAAUGCCACCUUGGCACGCAGAGGCUGCCGGCGACCCUUCCGAUUCGUUCGGCUUGUAGUCGCCAUCGUGGUGACCUUUGUGCUCUGCUGGGCUCCGUACCACUUUUUCAUCAUCGCAGAAGUGAUAGCCCCCAAAAAGGGACGUCUACAGGUAUUUUCAGGCAAGGCCCUCCCAAUCGCAGCAACGAUCGGCUUCCUUAACAGCGUUCUCAACCCCAUUCUGUAUGUGUUCAGCUGCCCUGACCUGUGCAACAAGAUCAGACACUCUCUAGGUGCAGUGAUGGAGAGUGUCCUGGCUGAGGAUCUGGCGGAGCUGGCUCGGCGUCGUAGCACCGCUCGCGGUUCCAUCAGCACCUCUGAGAUGGUGCUGAGGCAUAAGAAUUCCGUUGCAACGCUGAAAACGGAGGAGCAAGAGUAGAAUAAAAGUCUCAGUAACUGAGGAGGCAAGAAGGCUUGAUUUACUUCAACUUUACCAGGUCUUCAUAUGAGAAUGUCCUUAUUUCCAAUGUCUGUCCUCUGAUAUUUUAGGAAAAAGCUCCCAUAUUUUCAGCUCUGCCUUUGUAAACAACAUUAACUUCAGAACUUAAAAUUGAUCCUGUUUUUUGCUGUUUCACUCACUUUUCCUUCCCUAAUUGUUUUGUGUCAUAUUUGUCUAUUUUUAAGUUAAUUCAUUUGCCCUCUAGUAGCUCAGUUGCCUUAAUCCCUUCUGCUCCUGGUAGGUUUUUGAUUUUAAAUAUUUGUAAGAUGUUAUUUUAUUCAUAAUUUUCAGAAGGUUGCAGAAUAGAAUCCACUUGGCUUUGUCUUACUGAUGGAAGUGCCAUUGUGAAAAUGUUCUUUAUGUAAAUUCAUCAUGUUAUCUGCAAGCAUACAGGGCACUCCACUUUUUGUCAGUUUUGUUUGUACUUGGCCCUUUAUUAGCACCAGUGCUUUAUUGGUGCAGUCCAUGUGCUCAGGUAAUAACCAUUUCCACAAUUAACCACAGUUAUAUUACCUUAAACAAAUUAUUGUUUGCUUGGUAUAUUUGACUGAUAUGACUGCAGCAUGAACUGUUAUUUCUCAAGAGCAUUAUUUACAGUCUGCAGGUCAUAGCAUUGUUUUGUUUUUUGUAGAAAUAGCCUUUAACCUCCUGCAAAUUUGCAAAUGUUGCCCCGAGCAAAGAAAGUUACCGUAGGUAUCCCUGCUAUGCACUGUUGUACAAUAUAUACUGAACACAGUUACCAGAGUUGUGUCAUGGAAGAACAAAUAGCAUUCUGUAUGAUUUUUUUUAUUGUUAUUUCAACCUAUGCAUACGCAGCUUUUUUUUAGAGAUUUCAAUCUUGAGGUUGCAGAUGCACGGGGUGCCUCUCAA